CUGGUCCCCACGCCUUCGCGGGUCAUGAGCUGGCCAGAGGGGCCCCUCGGCUCGAGUUCCGCGGCCAGGGUACCUUGGGCCUAGCUCCCACCUAGACCACAGGGCAGCACUGAAGUCAUGGGCAAGACCAUUCCCCGGUGCCUGCAGCAACUGGACCUCCGCAAAAGCGUUGUGGGCCUAGCUACAGGCGCCGGGGCCAUUUACCUGCUCUACAAGGCCAUCAGGGCUGGCAUAAAAUGUCAUCCGCCCCUCUGCUCCAACUCACCCAUCUGCAUCGCCCGUGAGUGUCUGGUCCCUGGGGAGAGGGCUCUACCCCAGGAGACACCUGCUCCUAAGGCCUCCCCUGGGGGAAGGCCCAAAGGCCUGGCCAUCGAGAGAGAGCGCCACGGGAGGGACUCGGGAGAGAUCCGAAGACUCCUCAACUCGCUGGAGUGCAGACAGGAUGAGUAUGCCAAGAGCAUGAUCCUACACAGCAUCACCCGUUAUGUGUAUCUGCUGGAGGCUGAGGCCUCGGGUUGUACGACCGACGACGUCAGCCUGGUGGCGGAGAUGCUGGAUGACAAGGACAACAGCGUCAAAAUCCAAGCCCUGAAUGCUCUUAAAGCUUUCUCUGGAAUCAGGAAGUUCAGGCUCAAAAUCCAGGAACAUUCCAUCAAGGUUCUGGAGCUGAUCUCGACUAUCUGGGACACGGAGCUGCAUGUAGCUGGCCUUCGCCUCCUCAACAACCUCCCGCUCCCUGACUUCGUGCACCCACAGCUGCGGCGGGUGAUGCCCGCCCUGAUGGAGAUCAUGCAGUCGGACUGUGUCCUGGCACAGGUACAAGCUGUCCGCCUGCUGAGUUACCUGGCACAGAAGAAUGACCUUCUCUAUGACAUUCUCAACUGUCAGGUGCACCCCAACUUCCUGAACCUCUUCCAGUCCUCACAGCCAGGGAGUCUGCUGUUCGAGGUGCUGGUGUUUGCUGAGCGGCUGAGUGAGGGCCAGAACUCAGGCCACUACCGAGCAGUGAAGUGGCAUUACAACGAGCAGUCCCUGCACGAAGCCCUCUUUGGGGAUGAGUCCAGACUGGCCGACCGACUGCUCUCCCUGGUCAUCCACCCCGAGGAGGAAGUCCAGAUCCAGGCCUGCAAAGUCAUAGUCAGCUUGCAGUGUCCCCAGGACUUGGGAUCCCGACCCUCAGCCUGCCGUCCCAGCCAUUCCUACUUUAAAAACGGGGAGUAACGUUAAGGAGAACCAAUAAAUGCAUACGGGGGGGAAGGAGAGGCUCCUAGAAGCAAGCGUCUGUCCGUGGCCUCCCAGGGUCAUCAGGACCUCCGCCUAGGCCAUGGCACAGCAAGGGCGAGUCUCCCAAAGGCACCCCACUUUUGUGUUUGGGAGACUGAAACCCUC